AUGUCUCUAACCAACACAAAGACCGGCUUUUCUGUAAAGGACAUCUUGGACUUGCCUGACACCAAUGACGAAGACGGAUCCAUCGCGGAAGGGGGGGAGGAAGAGACGGAGGGUUCGGAGUCCCCCCAAAAGCCGGGCGUUUUGGGGACAACCGCAUUGGACGCUGUUCAGACGCUGCCUCUGAAGAACCCCUUUUAUGACAAUACUGAUAAUCCCUACACGCGUUGGCUCGCCACCACCGAGAGCAUCCAGUAUUCUUUGCACGGCUUGACGUCCAGCAACUCCCAGCAGGACUCAGCGUCCAAAUCUCCGGAGCCUUCCGCGGACGAGUCCCCGGACAACGACAAGGAACCUUCGAGCAACGGAGACUCGGGGAAGAAGCGGAAAAGGCGGGUGCUUUUCUCCAAAGCGCAGACUUACGAGCUGGAGAGGCGCUUCAGGCAGCAGCGGUACCUCUCGGCGCCCGAGAGGGAGCACUUGGCCAGCCUGAUCCGCCUUACCCCGACGCAGGUGAAGAUCUGGUUCCAGAACCACCGCUACAAAAUGAAGCGGGCCCGGGCCGAGAAAGGUAUGGAAGUGACUCCUCACCCCUCCCCGCGACGGGUGGCCGUUCCGGUUUUAGUCAGGGACGGCAAGCCGUGCCACACGCUCAAAGCCCAGGACUUGGCUGCCACCUUCCAGGCGGGCAUCCCCUUCUCAGCCUACAGCGCCCAGUCUCUCCAGCACAUGCAGUACAAUGCCCAGUACAGCUCGGCCGGCACCCCACAGUACCCCACAGCGCACCACUUGGUACAAGCCCAGCAGUGGACUUGGUGA